UUAAUAUUGUUGUGUCUGAACUGUUUGGAAACCGGAUACCCACCAGGGUGUCAACAUUGACGAUCCGUGAUGUCACUACGUUGUUGUAAAUUAGCUUCUUGGCAAGACGAAACAGCAGGAAACAUAUUACCAUUAGUGGUUGUGAAACAAGUUAUUCUUAAAUGAUUUGACUCAAGCUUUAUCCUUUAAUUUGACAUUUUUCAUUUCAGCGAGUGUCAAAGGAUAACGGUACGUAGGGAACCAUAGCUGUCUUUCACUGCAUUGUCGUGGACAUUCAUCUGGUUAGAUUUAACGUUAUUCCAAUGCGGAAGAUCUCCACUGGCAGUAAAGUCGAAGUAGAGACGCUCUUGUCAGGCUUAACUCAAUGGCUGAGACCGAAGGAUUUAUAGAGGGACGUGUAACGGUGUACUCAGUGAUUGGUUGUCCACACUGCCUCCAAGCCAAAUCAACAUUAAAGAAACUAGGAUUGCCGGUGUGUGAUGUGGACAUAAAUCAACAAGCAGCUCUGAGGGAUCAGGUGAAGAAACUGACUGGCCGUAGCACAGUUCCUCAGAUAUUCUUCAACAACGUCCAUGUGGGGGGUAAUGACGACCUGCAAAAGCUGGCGCCAGAGGAGCUUCAGCGUUUGGUGCAAAUGGUGAGAGAACAGCCAGUUCCAGCAGAUGCACCUCCUUUACCUGAGGAGGGCAGUUCAGAUACUACAGCGGAGAGUGGAGAGUUUGUGUGUGAGAGGGAUGCUUUUGCGGACUUGGUAGAGGAGUUCAAGUCCAGCGGGGUGAUUGGCUGCCACAGGAAGGGCUUGAAAAUGUGCAGGAACAGCUUCACAGGGCUGCAGCUGGUGGACUGGCUGCACUCAGAGAAGGGGAUGGACAGGCAAAAGGCACGUGAACUUGGACAGGGUUUAAUGGACAGGAAGUACUUUAAUGCUGUGGCGGGAAAGGGUGGUUUUGAAGAGAGUAGCGCCUUGUUCAGGUUGCUGGAACAUGACCCCAACGCUGCACUCAACACAGGAGAAAUGGCAGCAUGCAGUGUCUUGAAGGCAUCGGAACUCUCUGAGAUCCUGAGGAACCUCAUCCUGAAACUUUAUGCAGACAACCUGUCCUCUGAUGGCAAGUCUGUGGACUACAAGGCCAUGGCCCAGAGCUCCUUCUUUGAGCAAUACUGUGAGCUGGCGGUGCAGCUGCAGCGGGUGGAGCUGGGCUCCCUCAGCCGCGAGGAGAAGCUGGCCUUCUUCAUCAAUGUUUACAACGCACUCGUCAUCCACGGAAAUGUGCGCCUGGGCGCCCCCAAGAACAUGUGGCAGCGCUACCGGUUCUUUAACUACGUGAGCUACCUCAUUGGAGGCGAGGUGUUCACCCUUCAGGAUAUUGAGAAUGGAGUGUUGCGAGGCAACAGGAAGGGCGUAGCACAGAUCCUGAAGCCCUUCUCAAAGAGUGACCCCAGGCUCCAGGUGGCUCUUCCUGAUCCUGAGCCUCUCAUUCAUUUUGCUCUGAACUGUGGUGCCAAAGGCUGUCCCCCAAUCAAGACUUACACACCACAGGGAAUAGAUAGUCAGCUACGUACUGCAGCUGAAGCUUUCCUAGAGGAUGAUGAUGGAUGCCUUGUGGACCCUGACAAAGGAGAGGUGAAGCUCAGCCAGAUCUUCAAAUGGUACAAGGUAGACUUUGGAGGCACAGACGAGAAGCUGCUGUCCUGGAUCUUAAAGCACAUGAAUGACUCGCCUAAAAAGCUGAACCUGCAAAGCCUGCUGUCAUCUGGGUCUAUCAAAGUGACAUUCAUGCCCUAUGAUUGGUCUACCAACAGCAGAGACUGAGCAGGCCUUCCCUACGCUGUUCAGAGAAGGACAGUAGGCCUCUGUUGAUGUUCACUUGUCCGAUGAAGUACUUCCAACAUAACCACUGUUGUCUGACCAAGUAUGUCAGAGCAACCUUGAAAAGUAGCAGUUUCUAUCUCUCUUGUACUCUAGUUGACUAUGCAUUCAGCUCUUUUGAUUUCUCAGCACUACAAGGGACAGUCUAAUCCUGUAGCAUGGUCGAUACUGUUGAUAAGUCUUCCAGUUAACAGUACAAAUAAGAUUUCUGCAUUUUGCAGAAUACAAAUCAAAAGUAAAUGAUUUCAUAAUAUCUAUUUAUUUAAUCUGCACUUUUACGAAUAUUUAACUGUUUUAUAUCAAAUAGCUGAUAGAUUUUACUGCAAAUCUCAGAGUAAUAGCAUUUUUGA